AUGGCCGACACUAACCCCGACUCCAAGCCCUGGCACAAGAAAGUCGACCUAAUCCAGCGCGGCGACCGCUCCCCCACCCCCUGGGGCACCUUGACAUUCAUCGGCCUACGCCUGCUAGAUCUUCCUCUCCAACAUGCUCUUCUCGCGCCCGCCGGUCUCGGCAGCGCCCUGCUAGCCCGCGCCGGCAUCACCAGCGCCGCAGCCGCAUCCCCGGCCGUCCUGCACACCGGAAUCCCAUUCAUCGACGCCUUGGGCCGUCCGACCAGCGCUCUGCUCUUCGUCUUCGCAUGCGGCUCCGCCGCCAAGCAGAUCUACUGGCAAACGGUGCUCUCAUACGAGUCGUUCCCAGCGGGCGCGGCAGCAGCCGUCGCGCUGUACAACACCGUGAUGAACAGCACCAACGGCGUCCUAUCGCUCGCAUCAUCCACCUCGUCUCUGUUUUCGCAGCCGCAAAUCACCAUCGCGCUCCCUUUCCUAUCGUCCUCCCCCGUCGACAUCCCCCUCAGCACGCUCCUCGGCCUAUGUAUGUACGUCUUCGGCCUGUCCCUCGAAACCGUCUCCGAGGCGCAACGCAAGGCCUUCAAGGACGCCCCCGAGAACAAGGGCAAGGUGUGCAAGGUCGGCGUGUGGCGCUGGGCCCGCCACGUCAAUUACCUCGGCUACUCCCUCUGGCGCGGCGGGUACACCAUGGUGGCUACCGGCUGGAUCGGCGGCCUCGUCAUGACGGCCUGGCAGAUGUGGGAUCUGAGCUACCGUGCUGCGGGCGUGCUGGAUGAUUACUGCACCAACAAGUAUAAGGAGCAGUGGGCUCAGUUCAAGCGUGAGGUGCCGUAUAAGAUCCUCCCGGGAAUCUAUUAG